CCUCCCCCUCUCCGUCCCCCUCCCCCUCCUCAACUAUCAUCCAUCCCACAUCCAUCUUCAACAUCACCAAUCCCAUCAUCGCCCACUCACUCUAAACAAAGUCUUCCUUCCAUCAUGGAAGACCAAACCACCGCCCAAUUCAUCUCGGCACUAGCACAUCUACAACCUUCUCAUUCUCCCAUCACCGCCGAAGAGCUCGCCACUCUCGACGGCUGGUCCCACGAACAACUCAAGCACGAAGUUAUCCGUCUACGCAGAAUGCUAGGCGGAGGUAUCGGAAGUGUCCCAAACCAUCACCAGGCACAUAUCCACCACCACAAUCACCACGUCCCACAUCCCAACAACAUGGGUCCAGUCAACCCAGGUGUUGGUGUCGGCGUUGGGCCCAGCGUUGGGCAAAUGGCACCUGUACCCCAGGACAUGGGUUUGGAUCGUAUGGGGCAACAGCCAGAGCUUCUCCAUCACCUUCCCGCCUACGGCUACGUGCAUUCAAUGUCCCCCGUGAUGCAGCAACACACCCCAACCCAGUCACAUUCUUCCCUCGCACACCACGUACGCAAGCGCUCCUUCACUGAGGCCUUGUCACCCGCCGCCGCCGCAGCAGCAGCAGCAGCAGCAGCAGGCACUCCAACAGGUUCUACACGCGGAAAACGGUCAUCGCGACACGAUUCUGGAACCGGCAAGCGCGUUGAACGUGGGCGGCGUGUCGAGUUGCAACGCGCAAUUCGAGCAAAAAUGCGUUACAUGAUGGGCAUCGGACUCGACGAAGAUCUUCCUCCGCCCUCGGAAGGGGACGUUGGGACAGUCGGAUGGGUUCCAUCGUGGACAGCGGGCGUGGGCGACGCGCGCAAUGCCGAGUGGCUCGACCGCGUCGUUUCCGUGUUCAUCAAUGAGGCUACCAAUUUCCAUCAGUGGACCAAGGUACCUCCCGAGGACCUCGAGACCGAGACUGUAAAGGCGGCGGCUCGCACGGCCUUCCAGAAUUUUGCUAAGCGAUACUUGGCCGAGAUUGAUCCCAAGCAGGCCAAGAAGCAACAGAAAUAUGUCAAGAAUAGGAGGCGUUGGGCCCGCAAGGACCUGAAGCAAAAACGACGUGCCAAAGCAGCUCAGGAUCCCUCGUUCAUGGAUAUCCACCUUCCCCCGUCGGCCCUACACAUCGAUUAUAUGUCGAGCGAGUACUCGAGCCCGGGUGAGGAGAUGGACGACGAGGACGGUCUCGAUGGCCAGCGCAAGGGGUACUGGAUGGAGAUGCUGCAGGCUCGGUCACCCGAGGGCGCCAGCAACAGGAGUGGAAAGGGAGGGUGGGCGGAAGGCGUGAGCGAGAAAGUCCUAGAGGUGCGCUCGCCGACAUGGCGUUCGGACCGCCUAGCUCAAAUCUAUCGCCGACUAGACACCAUUUCUUCGGCGCAGGCUGCGAUGCGCGCGACACCAGCAGCGCUGCAGUCGUCGACGGGCAAGGCUGGGACUGGCACCCGGCUGGGUCACGUCGCGCCUUCUCAUCAGCGCUUCACCAUGCCGAGCGAGUUGAAACGCCGGGGCCACGCUCCUCGCGACCCAGGAGAGCCCUGGAUGUGGGCAAGUGGCCAGGUGGGUCACUGGCCCGAGCAUGGCAAGGACGGCUACAACGGGCGGACGCACGACGCUAUGUCGGCGGCUGUCCGCGCCGUCCAGCGUGGAGAUGGUAUGGACCCCAACAGCGUUGAGGCGAUAGUUGAGGGCUGGGGGGAUGUUUCAUAGAUGUGAUAGAAGGCUGUGUCUGAUUGCAGCCGCCGUGCAUGUCUGAAAUACUAGAGUUCGUGUGAUGCAUGUAUUCCUGUG